AGAUAAGGCAGAGCGACAUAUUUAUUGAAUGCUGAACGUAAUUUGGAAUGCAUUCAUUCAUGUUCAUACCUGGACCGUGAAUCAAGGUGCACAUUAAUUUAUUUUGUAUUAAGGUACUGAGGUAAAGAUGGCUGUGGUCACCGGAUCUUUGCUGUCAGACAUUCUGUUAGCUGUUAUUCCUGCUCUGAGCCUUGUGUACUGGUACAUCACAAACAACAAUGAUUACUGGGACAAAAGAGGUGUGCCAAACGUCAAGAAAGGAUUAUUUUUGGGGGCCUUGUUGGGUGUUAAAUCAAAAGCAGAAACAGUGAAAGAGAUUUACAAUCAGUUUUCUGAGGAAAAGUUUGUGGGGCUCUUCCAAUUUAAAAAACCUGUACUUAUGGUACGUGAUCCAAUUUUAAUAAACAAGAUUUUGGUGAAAGAUUUCGUUCACUUUCAGGACAGAGGAUCACCAUCAUCUAAAAACGAUGUCUUCUUAAACAAUCUUUUUGGAUUGAGAGGUCGCAUAUGGCGGACAUUUCGUUACAAGUUGACACCUACCUUUACAACUGGUAAACUGAGAGGAAUGUUUGAACAGAUCACCAAAAGUGGGGACAAUCUGGUGAAGAACAUAGAAGAUAUUUCAUGUGUGAAGAGAGAAGAUGUGGAUUCAGCAAACGUUCUGUUUGGGUUCACUCUGGACGUUAUUUCCAGCUGCGCUUUUGGAGUCCAAUUCCAUCCAAAUAGUCCCGAGCAAAAAGAGUUCAAGAAGAUUGUAGAGAAAGUUUUCUCCGGCUCACUUUGGGGAUUUAUAAAAUUUACUAUUGUUUCAUUAACGCCAAAAAUAGGUAAAUUUUUCAACAUAGUGAUAUCGUCAAGUGAGGCUACAAAAUACUUUACGAACCUGACCCAGGCUACCACGAAAUAUCGCAAAGAAAAUAACAUUCGCAGGAACGACUACUUUCAACUGCUGUUAUCGCUCAAGGAGCAAGAAGACGGUGGAAAGGUCACGCCCCUGGUGGAACCUCACGUGUCUGAGGAAGAUGCAGUCAUUGACCAGAUGAUGUAUACGGAGGCUGACCAGGAAAUAGAUACCUCGAAGAAAUUGUUCACAGACGAAGCUAUCACUGCAAACACUGUUAUCUUCCUGACCGCCGGUUCGGAGACAGUGUCUCGCACAAUCGGCUUUGUUCUGUUCGAACUAUCGAGGCAUCCUGAGAUUCAGCAGAGGGUCCAGCAGGAGGUGGACUCUGUAUUGUCUAAGCACGGAAGGUGGUCCUUUGAGGUUCUCAAGGACAUGACGUACCUGGAUCAGGUCAUCCAAGAGUCGCAGAGGAUGCAUACUAUACUGCCCUCUCUAAUGCGAGAGUGCGUCCGCCCGUACAAGAUGCCGGAUUCGAACCUCACCAUAGAGAAGGGAACGCUGAUCCUUAUUCCAGUUGUUGGCCUACACAAUGAUCCCCAGUACUAUCCUGAUCCUUCCCAGUUCGACCCAGACAGAUUCAAGGACAACAAAUUCAAACCAAGUUCUACGUACUUACCCUUUGGAGAUGGACCAAGAAUAUGUAUUGCCAUGCGGUUUGCAGUGAUGGAAGUGAAGGCUUGUGUGGCCAAGAUUGUGUCUCAAUACUCUGUGAGACUCAGCAACAAGACCAAACUUCCUCUUCAGUAUGAAAUUCGUUCAUUUGUACCAAUAGUCAAAGGAGGAAUCCACCUUUCUUUUCAAAAGAGAUCACCAAACCCAGCGCUAUAAUCUAAUAUUAAUCACUCUAUAAUCUGCUAUAAUCGCCCAAACACUGGUAGUAUGUUACUUUUCUUAUAACAAACAAAUAUGAGAAAAAGUAUAUAAUCUUUACUAUCAUCAUAAUAUUUUAAGGAUUUACAAAUUAAAUUUAAUAAGUAUAAUUCUUAAAUAAUGUCAAAUAUAUAUUGAUAAUAAAUAAUUGUCAAAUAUAUUAAAUUGAAUUUUUGAAUAUGUUUGUUCAUCAAUGGUGCGAUAGCAAUAUUAAGAUAUGUGUUAAACAAAAACGUUCUUAAAGUAUUAAUAAUAAUGUUUGUAUUAAUUUACCAAAUAAACCUAAAACAUAAUUAAUGAUAACAUCUGUUUUGUUUAGAUAAUUACUAAAGAUUGUAUUCAAUACUAUAAUGAAACAAUGAACAAAAAUGUUACAAUGUUACAAUGAAUGCUGAACUGUGAUCAAGUAACGUCGAGCGUGGUUGCUGCUUGGUUGGGUGAUCGCUGAGCGAUCCUGUUCUUGCAAGCAGCCCGCCUGCCCGGCCAUUGGUGGAGGUUUAGAAGUCACCUUUAAGCUGUUGGUCCCCAGGUUAAGUGUUAGAGAGGGCUUCUUAGCUCCAAGUUCACCUGAUAAAAUAGGACAUCUUUACUUUACUUUACUUUUACUUUAAUGGCGUGAAAACAGUCAAUUUGUAUAACGAUACAUCAAAAUUGUUGUCAUAGCUUGAAAUAAUUCCUGUUAACUAUCUAAGAUGAAAUAAAGUAUUGUCCUUGAA